AUGACUCCCCUCAUCAACUACAUUGAGAAAGGAGAGCUUCCCGAAGACAAGGGGAAAGCACAACGGCUGAAGGCUAAGGCGGCCAAAUUUUUUGUCGAAGAAGGAACACUCUUCCGCCGGACCUACUCAUCCCCAAUCCUGAAAUGCAUAGGUCCAGAGGAGGCUGAAUAUUGUCUAAGAGAAGUUCACGAAGGGAUUUGUGGAGAUCACAUGUCGGCAAAAGGCCUAACAUAUAAAAUCAUCCGGCAAGGCUACUACUGGCCAACAAUUCAUCAGGACUCCGUCGAGUUCGUAAAAAAAUGCAAGAAUUGCCAACUAUUCAGCAAUGUAUCCCGGGUGAGCCCGGUCCUCCCAUCCUCGGUCCUAUCCCCAAUCCCAUUUGCCGUUUGGGGAAUUGAUAUAAUGGGACCUUUCCCCCGGGCCAAAGGAGAUCUCAGAUACUUACUGGUCUCAAUUGAUUACAUGACUAAAUGGGUAGAAGCUAAGGCAAUGAGAACCAUCAACCAACAGGACUGCAUAAGAUUCAUGGACAACAUUUUGAUACGGUUCGGGCUCCCGAGGGUCCUGAUUUCGGACAACGGACCUCAAUUUAUAGGUUCGGAUUUUGAGAACUAUCUGAAAGAAAGGGGGAUCAAACAUAAGAAGUCAUCCGUUGCAUACCCUCAAGGAAAUGGUCAAGUAGAAGUCACGAACCGAAUCCUCCUCCGGGGCAUCGAGAAAAGAUUGGAAGAAAGCAAAAGUAAAUGGCCGGAGGAACUACCCCAUGUCCUUUGGGCAUACAGAACAAGCCCUCAGACAAGUACCGGAGAAACCCCCUUCAAACUAGCCUACGGGACAGAAGCAAUGCUGCCGAUCGAAGUCGGAUCCCCUUCCCACAGAGCAAUCAACUUCGACGAAGUAGAAAAUGAAGAAGGGAUCCGGGUCAAUCUAGACUUGGUGGAUGAGGUCCGGGACCAGGCCAUUGAAAAGAUGGAAAAAUACAAGAAGAAGACCCGGGAUCACUUCAGCAAAAAGUCUAGGGUCAAAAACUUCCAAGUUGGAGAUCUUGUCCUCCGGGAUACUGAAGCCUCGGAUCCGACUAAUACCGGAAAGCUCAUGCCAAAGUGGGAAAGACCAUACAAAGUCAAAGAGGUACUAAGGCCAGGAACAUACAAACUGGAACACAUGGAUGGCUCCGAAAUAUCUAACACCUGGCAUGGCCUCAGGCUCAGGAAGUUUUAUCAGUAA